AUGACCUCCUUCUUAAUCCUCGAAGAUUUUGUCUAUUGUGGUCAAUUUGCACUCAUAGCAAGUUCUAAACGAAAGAACCCUCUCAAGAAGAGGAAAGAUUCUGGACUGAUUUUGACAGGCAGUAUUUUAGCGCACCUCAUCCAUCGCUGGUUUUAUGCCUAA